AUGAUGAAUUUUCCUGAUUUUCCACCCACUUCUUGGGGCAGACAAAGGAAUCAUGAAGAUGUCAUGAGCCUUCAGAUCCAACUUCUUUCAUCAAUGACCAAAGAAAUUUUAUGUGGUUCGCUGGGUAAUGUUCCACUCCCUCCUCCUCCUCCUCUCGUUCCUCUUCCAACGUCAUCAUUGCCCUCAUGGGUCCCUCAGAGAUCUUCACCCUCCAAGUCAACAGAUCCGUCACCAGAAAGAGUAUUCGUGCACACCGUCAAGCCACCUUACUCUUACAUCGCGCUGAUUACAAUGGCCAUUCUCAGCUCCCCACAGCGACAACUAACGCUAGCGGAGAUAUGUGAAUUCAUUGCAGCCAAAUUCCCAUAUUACCGUGAACGAUUUCCAGCUUGGCAGAAUUCAAUCAGACACAACCUCUCACUCAAUGACUGCUUUAUUAAGGUGCCCAGAGGGGCAGGGAGUUCGGGGAAGGGGAAUUACUGGACACUCGAUCCGGACUCGGAGGGAAUGUUUACAAAUGGGAGCUUCCUUCGCCGACGGAAAAGGUACAAGAGGGCAGCAGAACCGGAGCCGUGCACACCGUCAGUUGAACCACGGCCAAAAAUAUCGAAGGACUCCUCGUGCGAGAUUUUGGACCUCUCACAGACAACUGGACGAUCCACAAAAAGUCCAUUCUCGAUCGACUGCAUCAUAGGAAAACAUGACGAUAGGUGA